AUAGAUACCUAUACUCAUCUGCAGACUCACACAUGUAGACACCCACACAUGACUCACAUGCAUACACACAAGCACAUUAACACAUAGAUACACACUGACACGUUGACUCACUGCACAGAGGCGCACACACAUGCACACUGAGAACAUACAGUCAGAGUUGCACAGACACACAGAAAAAUUAUACAGACAAGGUCACCAUGCCACACAUUCAUAACAGAGCACAGGCAGCCAUCUGCAUGGACUCACACACUGACACAAUUCUUUGCCAUACAGGGACACACAGACACACCAGACAGACACACAGGCUGAAGCACAUCUAUACGUGAAACACCUGCACACGCACACACACAUGCUGACCCACACCCACAUGUUCUAACAAGCCCGGAGUCUCCAGGGCUCUCCUGCAGCUGUUGCCCAUCCCCAGGGGGAGCCGAUGUCCCCAGGGAACAGAGGUUUCCCAUCCCAUCUUUAGCUCCGCCGGGUCCUGCAUGACAUCAACGGUCCCCUCGGUGCUGAUGCUGCCGGGAGUUCCGAGCUGGGGCCAGGCCGGCGCCAGGCACAGACACUUCAGCCCUUGUUGGGAGAACAGAGAGAGGCUGUGUUGUCCAUUGCCCAUCCUCCGGCUCCAACUGCUGGUUCUCUCAAAGGCCUCUCCUCAGGCCGGUGCAGCACCCACCCUAUCACUGUUACAGAAUGGACUCUAGUGCCAGCCCGGCGGGGACUUCCAGUCCACAGCCUUCAAGGGCCAAUGGGAACAUCAACCUGGGGCCUUCAGCCAACCCAAAUGCCCGGCCCACCGACUUCGACUUCCUCAAAGUCAUUGGCAAAGGCAACUAUGGGAAGGUCCUCCUGGCCAAACGCAAGUCCGACGGGAUGUUUUAUGCAGUGAAGGUGCUGCAGAAAAAGUUCAUCUUAAAGCACAAAGAGCAGAACCACAUCAUGGCAGAGCGCAACGUGCUUCUGAAGAACGUGCGGCACCCCUUCCUCGUGGGCCUGCGCUACUCCUUCCAGACCCCCGAGAAACUCUACUUUGUGCUCGACUACGUCAAUGGAGGAGAGCUCUUCUUCCACCUGCAGCGGGAGCGCAGGUUCCUGGAGCCCCGUGCCCGGUUCUACGCCGCCGAGGUGGCCAGUGCCAUUGGCUACCUGCACUCCCUCAACAUCAUCUACAGGGACCUGAAACCAGAGAACAUUCUCUUGGACUGCCAGGGACACGUGGUCCUGACAGAUUUUGGCCUCUGCAAGGAAGGUGUAGAGCCGGAGGAGACCACGUCCACAUUCUGUGGCACCCCCGAGUACUUGGCUCCAGAAGUGCUUCGUAAAGAGCCUUAUGAUCGGGCGGUGGACUGGUGGUGUCUGGGCGCCGUCCUCUACGAGAUGCUGCAUGGCCUGCCACCCUUCUACAGCCGAGACAUCUCCCAGAUGUAUGAGAACAUUCUGCACCAGCCACUACAGAUCCCCGUGGGCCGGACGGUGGCUGCCUGUGACCUCCUGCAAGCCCUUCUCCACAAGGACCAGAGGCAGCGGCUGGGCUCCAAAGCAGACUUUACUGAGAUCAAGAACCACGUAUUCUUCAGCCCCAUAAACUGGGAUGACUUGUACCACAAGAGGCUGACCCCACCCUUCAACCCAAACGUGGAAGGACCUGCUGACUUGAAACACUUCGACCCAGAGUUCACCCAGGAAGCCGUGUCAAAGUCCAUUGGCUGCACUCCCGACACUGUGGCCAGCAGCUCCGGGGCCUCCAGUGCAUUCCUGGGAUUUUCCUAUGUGCCCGAGGAUGAUGCCGUCUUGGAUUGCUAGGAGACAAGUACCUCUGAAGACAGCUGGUACCUGGCAGUCCCCUGCCCCAGGAACUAUAGGGGAUGAAGCAGAAGACCAUGGAAAAUACACAAUGACACUGACACUGGAGACCAAAGCUGGGUCAGCAAGAUCUGUUGUCACCCUUUGGCCUGCACUGAGAAUUCUGAAAGUCUGAUUUGAUUCCUAUCUUAAUAGUGUCUGUUAAUUGACAAAUGUGGAACAUGAGGGAGGGGCCCAAAUUCCCCCAACUCCCCAGAGCAAAAUUCAAGAUUCUAAUUGUCCGAAACAUGCUGGUACUGCCAAACGUACACAAUCUGCUAUGGAUUAGGAAACCCAUAAUGACUCUCUCUGUUCUAAGACUCUAAGAUCAUAAAAAUUUCAGGAUAGAAAAUAAAAAUGAAGAAAAACUAUGAUAUGAUAUUGAUCAUGCUAUGCCUAUGUUUAUUGAGCACAU